AUGAGUAACUUUGCAGAGAGAAAACCACAUGCUGUGUUAACUCCAUUUCCAAUUCAAAGCCAUAUCAAUGCAUUGUUGAAAGUAGCAAAACUUCUUCACCUUAGAGGCUUUCACAUAACCUUCGUCAACACUGAAUACAAUCACAAACGCUUGCUCAAAUCAAAGGGUCCUAAUGCCUUUGAUGGUUUCACUGACUUUACCUUUGUGACCAUACCAGAUGGUUUAACUCCAAUGGAAGGUGAUGAUGGUGAUGUUACUCAAGACAUACCUUCUCUUUGUCAAUCAAUCGUGAACAACUUCCACCAUUUUUUUGAUGAACUUCUUGCUAAACUUCAUGAAUCUGCCACUGCUGGUCUUAUCCCACCUGUUACUUGCUUAGUUUCUGAUUGUUACAUGCCAUUUACAGUAGAAUCUGCUGAACAACAUGUACUUCCAAUUGUUCUCUUUUUCCCAUGCAGUGCUUCUUUCUUCUUGUCCACUUAUCACAUUCCAAUAUUGUUUCAGAAUGGUGUACUACCACUCAAAGAUGAGAGUUAUCUAACAAAUGGAUAUGUAGACACUGAAGUUGAUUGGAUUCCAGGUUUGAAAAACUUUAGAUUGAAGGAUCUUCCUCGUUUUGUAAGGUUAACGGAUCCUAAUGAUUUGAUGAUAAGAUUUAUCACUUUAGUGGCAGAUAGAAGCCACAAAGCUUCUGGUAUUGUUUUCAAUACUUGUAAUGAACUUGAGAGUGAUGUUAUGAAUUCUCUCUAUUCAAUAUUUCCUGUUCUAUAUACUAUUGGUCCAUUUGCUUCUUUUUUAAAUCAAAGUCCGCGAAAUCAGUUGAUAUCUAUGGAAUCUAAUCUUUGGAAAGAAGAUACUAAGUGUCUUGAAUGGCUUGAAUCCAUGAAACCCGGGUCUGUUGUUUAUGUGAAUUUCGGCAGCCUUGCAGUUAUGACUCUAGAGCAACUGUUGGAGUUUGCUUGGGGUUUGGCAAACAGCAAGAAACAUUUUUUGUGGAUCAUUAGGCCUGAUCUUGUCGUCGGUGGCUCGGUUGUUUUGUCGUCUGAGUUUAUGAAUGAAAUUUCAGAUAGAGGCCUAAUUGCGAGCUGGUGUCCGCAAGAGAAAGUGUUGAACCAUCCUUCAAUUGGUGGAUUCUUGACUCAUUGCGGAUGGAACUCGACCACUGAAAGUAUAUGUGCUGGAGUGCCAAUGUUGUGUUGGCCAUUUUUCGCUGAUCAACCAACAAACAGUAGAAUUAUUUGCAAUGAAUGGGAGGUUGGAAUCGAAAUUGAUAGCAAUGUAAAGAGAGAUGAGGUAGAAAAACAGGUGAAUGAAUUGAUGGUGGGAGAGAAAGGAAAGGAAAUGAGGAAAAGGGUAACGAAGAUGAAAAACAAGGUAGAGGAAGACACAAGACCUGGAGGUAGUUCAUACAUAAACUUGGACAAAGUGAUUAAGGAGGUCUUGCUUAAACAUUAUUAG